AACUUUGACUAAUAAGUCUUGUAUAGAUCUUAAAAACCAAAGCAUUUGAUUCAUAAUUCUAUCACAAACUGGCUAGUGAAGAAAAACACUGAGAGCUAUAUAGAGAGGUCAUCCACCUAACCAUAAACCCCACAAACAAAAACCAAAACAUGAAUAGCAACACUAUCCCAACUUCUCCUAAUCAAUGGAAUAUGGAUAUCCAAAUGCCAUAUUACCAACAAACAGAUCAUUUUGAACUAGCAAAUACCCCUUAUGAAAGUUUCUCUCAAGAUUCUACAAUCAUGAACACUUCUACCUAUCCAAGUCAUGUUACAAUAAGUAGUUAUUCCAAUUUAAGUCCUGAAAAUUCUUCUGGAAAUGGUGAUCAUCAGUUGAGCCCUAAAACUAGUACUAUAUCAAAACCAGUGAGAAGGAGAUCAAGAGCUUCCAAGAAAACUCCUACUACUCUUGUUAAUGCCAGCAUAUCGAAUUUUCGAGCAGUUGUACAACAAUACACUGGUUGUCACACUUCUCCAAUCAAGAAUCAAAGGGGUCCUAUUAACUUAAGUUUUGGACCACAAACAGAUGAUUUUCUUGAAAGUUCAAUAGGGGAGGGUUCUCAUUAUGGAUAUUACUCUCAUGAAGAAGCUGCUAAUAAGGAACAAAAGCAAGAAUAUUUUCAAGAGAGUGGUUCUCCUGCAGGAUAUAGUAAUUCUGGAAAUAGUAGGUUAAGUAUUGAAGAUUAUGGAUGUCAGUGACUAAUAAUAUUCUGCAUAGGAGGAAAAGUUGUUUUUGUUUUUAAUAAACUAGCUAGCUAGGUGUGAGAAAUCACUAGAGCACAAAAGCCUAUCAAUGGUUUUUCUUUUGUCAUUGUUUUCUUCUUUUCAUUUUUGCAUUCAUUUUUCUUUCUUUCACAUGAUCUUCUCGUUCCAUCCUCUUCCCUCGUCAUCCAA